UUUAUUCUUUAGUUCCGAUUUUAUUGUCAAAAAUAUAGUGGGAGUAAUUGUUCAUGCUAAUAGCUUCCAAGGAUACCCAUAUUCAAUAGAUUCUUAUCAAUGCACGUUUUCAGUUACAAAUGAAUAGUCAGAAGGAUAAGGCCGAAGAUAGGGACGUGAUUAUAGCAAAGGGUGAUAAAGAAGAUGAGUCAUUUUCUGGCUUUCAUGGAUUGACGAUAGACUUCGGUAGUGAUAAGAGUAAGACCAAAACUUUUCAUCCUCCGAUUGAAACGCAUUGGGAUCUUCCUUCAUCACAAAGAAGAAAGGAUUCUUCUUCCCACCUGAAGUCACUGUUGUCUUUCCCGCUCAAGAAAUUUAGAAGGAAUAAAAGCCUGAAAAUGAUUCUAGAAGGAGCUCGUGAUCCCAAAGAUAAUCAAAUUGUGGAGUCUUUUCGUGAAAUGCUUUUACAAGAGGGUCUUUUGCCACCUAAGCACGAUGAUUAUCAUACUCUUUUGAGGUUUCUGCGCAUGAGGGAUUUCGACAUGCCAAAAUCCAAGGAUAUGUUUCAGAAUUAUCUGAAAUGGCGCAAGGAAUUUCGAGUAGAUAAGCUGGCUGAGGAAUUCAAAUUCACGGAGUACAAUGAAGUGAAGAAAUGCUAUCCUCAUGGAUUCCACGGGGUUGACAGAUUUGGCAGACCCGUGUAUAUUGAGAGAAUUGGGAUGGUAGACCUUAACAAACUAGCGCAAGUAACCACAUUUGAAAGGUUUAUAAAGUAUCAUGUGUCAGAACAAGAGAAAACUCUUAAAGUAAGAUUUCCUGCAUGUUCACUGGCUGCUAAAAGGCACAUAGCAUCCACUACAAGUAUCUUGGAUGUCAACGGAGUAGGAAUGUCUAAUUUCUCAAAGCCCGCAAGAUACCUCUUUAUGGAAAUUCAGAAGAUCGAUAGCAGUUACUAUCCUGAGACACUAAAUCAGCUCUUCAUUAUUAAUGCCGGAUCUGGGUUUAGGAUGCUGUGGAAAGCAGUAAAGACAUUCCUAGAUGUACGCACAGUAGCAAAAAUUCAAGUGUUGGGUUCUAGUUAUCUCAAUGUGCUGCUUGAGGCUAUAGAUCCGAGUAAUUUGCCAAUGUUUCUGGGUGGCAACUGCACAUGUUCUGAUUAUGAAGGCUGCAUGAUGAGUGAUCGAGGGCCCUGGAAAAUUCCAGAAGUGCUAGAAAUGAUUCAGGUUGUUAACUUGAGAGAAGAGAUCGACGGUAAUGCGGCUUCAGAAGAUUCCUUGAGAGAAGAGAUCGAUGGUAAAUGUGAAGUCAGUAAUGUGGCUUCAGAAUAUUCCUUGAUGCCCAAUAAAGUUGACAUGCAAAACAAAGAUGACUAUACUAUGAGUCUACUUGAGGAGGCGGCAUGUGCAGGAUCAGACUCGGCAUGUAGGUCAGCAUUACAAAAAAUUGACUGUCUUGAAGCUGUUCUUGGAGACACCAAGAAUAAAAUCAAGAAGCUGGAAGACGCACUUCAGGACACCAGGAUGGCCUUGAAGGAACUUGCACAGCUUAUAGAACAGCCGAAAAUGUAAAAUUGGCUACUGUUAACACUGUUGCAGUUACUCAAAUGAUUAUUUUUCCCCUUCUAUUAUUAUUAGAUGAAAGUUCAGCG